AUGUCACCAAAGGCCUUAUUAGGCUCUCGCCAGCCCCAAACAUUAAUGCAAAGGAAAAGUCUGGGUUGGUUCCAUAGGCCCUUUAAAAAAGCUGACUUGAAAUUGCUGGCAGUGCAUUUCUCGAGUGACUGCUAG